UGGAGAUUGCAAUAUAUACCUUCUUAACACUUGGUCUGCCUGCGACUCUGUCUGUGUCUCUGUGACUCGAACAGCUCGGCCUGGUUAAAGUAACCUCGGGAUCGUCCAGCCAACAUGGCCACUGAGAAAAGGCUGUCUGCGAGGCGUAAGCACACCCUGAAGAGCUGCAUGCUCGUGGUGGCAGGUAAUUUGUUGGAUGCUGAAGCGAAUGUGAAGGCCAAAGAGAGAGAGACGUUUUUGGCAGAGAAAUGUCCUCCUGUCGAGCUGCCGUACUCCAGGGACGAGCUGUUGGAACUGUGCAAGAAGCUUCAUGAGCAGAUCACCAUCAGUGAAGAUGAGAGAUACUCCAUAGAGUUCAAACUGAACAUGGUGCUGAAUGAGGUCCGGGACCUCAAUAUCAAGAUUGUGGAUUUGAGAGGAAAGUUCAAGAGACCCCGGCUGAAGAAAGUGCGCAUGUCUGCUGACGCCAUGCUCAAAGCUCUGUUGGGCUCCAAACACACUGUUAACAUGGACCUGAGGGCCAACCUGAAGCAGGUCAAGAAGGAGGUGAAAGAGGAGGACAAGCAGCUGCGUGAUGUGGGAGACUGGCGUAAGAACAUUGAAGACAAGUCUGAUAGGAAGAAGAUGUUUGAUAGCUAAAUGUGAGGGUGACUUUCUGGACAGAAAUCAGGUUUAAUGUCUUUGUUAACUGAAGGCUUUUAAUCCAAAGUGAUGCAUUUCCCCUUUAAUUUUUACUUGAUCUGUAGAUCCUGAUCUUAGUAAACAUCAUCUAAAGACAUAUGUUUGGUGGAAGAUUAUGGUGCUUUCUAAGCUUCUGUUUUGGUACAGUAUGUGAUAAAUGGUCUUUACUUUAAUUCAAAGCUUGUGUCAAGGUGCAGUGAAAUGUAGGAAAUCUGUGAUGUGCACUGAUGCCAGUGAAGCAUGGUUGUAGUUUUUGGAUAUCUCACUUUGGAUUAUACUCGUCACUAAGCUUCCUUCAUGCUUUAGCCUGUAUUGAAACUGUACUGUGAUAUAUUUCUACUGUGUUACAGUUAGUAUGUGUCAGAUAAAUCAAUUCUACUUUUUUCUGAUAUAUCCUUUUGCUUUUACUAAUGUGCCUACGAUGUACGUUUCCUGAAACUCUAGUUAGUGUCUGAGGUUAAAAUCAAAAUACAAUGGAUGCGUAUUUUGCAAAUAAAUCAUGACCCAUAUUCUAACUGGCCCAGCAUGAAUGAAUGAAACACUACAACAUGCUCUUUACACAUAUUCAUUUGGUCGAUCCUUCACUUCUCGCUUGUUUGAUGUAGAUUGUAGAACGUCUAGUGUUUCAUGCCACUUAACUGUCCAAGAACCAUUAGCUCUCUCGUGGUCCAAGCAAACCAUGCCAUGUCUGACAUCACCUGUUACCAUAAACUGUAAAUAUCAAAAGAUGGACAGACACCAUUACAUCACUUAGUGGUUUGUAAAGUCCUGUUGGGAAGCUGGUUGUCAGUCUGAUAACUGACACUGACGUGGUCAAUCAGCAUAUUCUGGACAAUUAUCUUUUCUGUCUCUUAUAAUGAGUUAAUUUAUAAAAUAGACCUAAUGUUUUAUUCAUUAUAACCUAAAACUAGUCUGGAAACUUGUAGUACUUUCAUUUAUUAAUUAAUUUCAUCCAUUUGUUAUUUUGCCUAGUUGCCUUGUGAAUUUAACAGUUUAUUCUUGUCUGCAAGUGCAAAUAUUUGAAGAAAAAAACCCACUACACUGAAUAUAAAAGAUAGAUGUAGCUUCCAUGUGAAGUGCCUUAAACCUGCAUUACCUCUAAUGACCAGUAGGGGUCAAGUGCUGGUUGCAAACCCCCUCCAAACCUUUGCUGAUGAGACUGUGGGCUCAGUCGCUUCUGUCCUAGUCAUGUUUAAAAUAACAUUAUGUUCUUUAUGAGAGUUAUGGACCCCAUCCGUGGACAGCAGUGUAAAAAUGGUUAUGGUUUCUUAGUCGCAUCCCUCACUUGUGACGUCUGGUUUUAAAAAGCUAAGAGGGCACGAGCCAUCAAAAAUGAGACUUUGGGAACCGGUUUGUAACAUUAUGGUGUCUUUAUUCAUAGUUCGUAUAGAGCCUGUGGGAAAUAACUAAUUUGAGAAGGUCUGCAUUUGCCUGAAAGCCUAUAAUGCAUCAAAUAAAGCACAAGGCCAGUGUAGAAGAAUAAUUGUGCUUCCUACGUUGGAGAACUGUAACAGUACCAAAUCACUUCAUGCUUUUGCGUUUUCAUGUUUAUAAAACAAAAUGUGAUGUGCUUUUAUCGUCAUUUUGCUGUCACAUUAAAUAGAAAAGCUUCAUGCUCA